AUGAGGAACCCCUUUAAGGUAGAGUCACUUCGUAUACCUACCCCUGUCAGGGAAACUGCUAAGAAGUUCAUUAGUUUUAAAGUGGGUGAGGGUACAUCUAUCUCUCUCUGGUUUGACCUCUGGCACCCAGCUGGUAGAUUGCUGGAUACUUAUGGCUUUCGUAUUGUUUAUGAUAUUGGAAGCAAUCUUGAUGCCCGACUUUCUUCUGUUAUCAAGGAUGGGAAAUGGUCAUGGCCGCCUGCUAGGUCGGAUACCCUUGUGCAAAUUCAGAAUAGGUUGUUUGAUGUUGAUAUUGGGGAUAGGGAUAUUCCGGUUUGGAGUUCAAGAAAUGGGGUUUACUCAUGCACUGAUACAUGGAAUUGUCUUAGGACAAAAUUUCCGGAGGCCCCUUGGUGUAAUGUUGUCUGGUCUCCUUUGGCUAUUCCUAGGGACGCUUUUAUUUUGGGGCUUGUUUUCCGUGAUGCCCUUAAUCCUUGUGUGGAAUGGGAUGAUAUAGUGGACUGGUUCUGUAAGAUGGAAGGCUGUAGUUUGCAGGUGCUUAUCUGUAAACUUUGUUUGGCAGCAGUUGUGUAUCACUUGUCGUGCUUGAGAAACGACUUAUGUCAUGGGAACACACCCCGAACUGAAGAGGCUCUUGUAGCUCGUAUUCAAUGGGAAGUCAGAAGUAGAAUCAUGUUUAGAAGGUUCACUGAGCAAUCUGAUAUGGCUAGUAGGCUUAAACGGCUUUGGAAGUCAUAG